ACAACAACAUUACAAGGCGCUGCGUGAAGACAAACACAGUAGCGUUGGUAUGAGCUGUUUCGGGAAUCCCCUCUAAGCCAUCCUCUUCGGGCUCAGGACGCUGAAAACGUGAGAAGUUAAAGGCUGCAGCAGCAUCAGAGGGGAACUUAUAGAAAGAAAAACAAAGAGGCAUAAAGGAAAAAAGGGAGGUUUUAGGGACUAAGGGAGAGCCUGGGUGGGGGAGAACAGGAUGGACGCCCUGAACCCUGUGCUGAAGAGUCACCCAGGCCCGUCAGUGCUGGUAUUCUGUCUGCUUUUCAGGGUGGUCCACAGGUUGCUCCAAAGGCUGCCAGUGCCCAAAGUGGUGAAGCAGAAUGAGCUCCACGAGUGGAAAUGGAGGAACCUCGCCGUCUCUAUGGUGCACUCCCUGCUGACCGGAACAUGGGCCCUGACCUGUGUGUUGGUUUGGCCUGAGACGUUGAGCAACAUCCACUCAUACCACACCCCUCUGUCCUACCUGCUUGUCUGCGUCUCAACAGGAUACUUUGUGCACGAUGCAAGCGAUAUUAUCCUGACAGGACAUGCAAGAGGAUCAUGGGAAUUCUUACUCCAUCAUGUUCUGGUGAUCUCCUCCUUCCUGUAUGCCCUCUACACUAACCUGUAUGUAGCCGGCGCUGUCAUUGCGCUCUUCGUGGAGGUCAACAGCGUCACCCUUCACUUGAGGCUGAUGUUAAAGCUGGCGGGUGCCCAGUACUCCUCCAUCUACUACUUUAACAAGAUCACCAACAUCUUCACCUAUGUCAUGUUUCGUCUGAGCACCCAGUUCUACCUCACCUGGUUCAUCAUCCAUAACUACUCCUGGCUGGACCAUGGCGCGUAUUUUCUCACUGCCAUGAUUGUGAUGAAUAUCAUGAUAUUGAUUUAUUUCUACCGCCUUCUCCGUGCGGACUUCUUCUCCUCCAGGAAGAGCUCUGUGGGGCAGAAUGGGACACACAACAACAACUCUAGGAAGUUCCUCACUGAUUGACCACAAAGUUUACAGAACAAUGUUAUGGGUUUUUUUUAGGUUGGGAGUUUGAAAGAUGGUUUUUUUUUUGUUGUUGUUUUUAAACUGACACUGACAGCAGGUUCCCUUGUUCUCACUGCCAGAGACCAGACCUCUUAAACAAAGCAGGGUGAUACAAGGGGAAGCCAUUAGAGGUACAGUGAUUAGGGGAUGUCUGAAAAGCAGGAAAUUCAUCUAUUGACUCAGAAGGAUAUAAUGCAAUACUUUUUAAUGAAAGCAAAAUAUCGCUCAGAUUAUGCCAACAUUUUUAAAUCCUUGAUAUGACAUUUUAUGAUUCAUUCAUAAGCACCAUGUAACCUAAGGAAAGAAAAGUAAUAGAUCUUUGAUUAUGGCUAGCUGUUUCAACUCCUUAUGCUCAAAUAACGGUGCUCAUUCCAAACAUGAUACUGGUUUAAAUUAAAAAAAAAAUGCUACAACCAGAAUAGAGGAAUCAUCUGUCAGCGCUCUGUGUCAGCCACCAGAGAAACGAUCACAUUUAUGUUAGGAUAGGCAGACAGUUUAGAGCUUCAAAGUCUCGCUUUCAUUUUCUCAUCCUGUAGUUAACUCUGCAGGUGUUCCUUUUAUCAAAUUUUCCGAAGGCAGUGAAAUCGGUUAACAACAUACUGUAUUGAGUUGAACUGCUCAGUGAUUUGAUAUAGUUGAUAGUUGAACCUUUGUGUGGGCUGGUGUCGUGGUGGGCCCCCAUGUUUGACCUGCCAAAAUUAAACCAAGGCAGGAAAAGGGGGUGAACAAACUUUCUGUCUUCACAUGUUUACAGCAACCUUAUUACAACAUAUCGAGUGUGUUCAGACACAAAUUUUGGAUUUCACUUUACAGAGACUUAAAUGUAAUGCCACAUGAAGUGAAGGGUUACUUUUUUAAAUUUGAUGUUACCUCAGCUUAAAGCGCCUGCUUUUCAAGUUUGCUAAUAACCUGAAAAAUUCAUCAGAUUGUCCCCAAUGACUGAUUUGUUGUAGAAAAUGCUACAAUUCCAGGGUGUUGGAAAUCAGAAAAUAGAUCAUGUGGCUGUCUGUUUUUUUUCUUUUUUAACUAGUCUAUUUCCUCAAUAAUGAAACACAUUUUCAAUAAUUCUGUUUUUCAGUAGAUUCAUUCUUAAAUUUUAAGUAGUCACAGGCUUGCUGCUUUACCCUAAUUUGUGUUUAAUCAGUUUCUCUAACCAAAAGGACAAUUUCUCUUCAUAUUUUUUUAACUUUAGUUCUAUAUGUUGCAUUUUGUCCCAUUGUCAACCAAAAUGCCUUACAUUUUAGAGCAGUAAAAAUAAAUUAGCAGUGCUUUUUUCCUUAAGUCUGUGGACUUAAUUGUUUUAAUUUUGAUUAGUGAGUCAACUUGUAUGCAAUGUUACUGGGUUAACAGUUAGCCUCUGUGAUUCAGAUUAUUAAUUAGCAGGAAUGGUAACCCUAGCCGCAUAAGAAAACAAUGAAAAUUAUACCCAGCAAAUAAAUAUUUGAAACCUAAAUAUGCAUGUGUUUAAGACCUUUAAAGGCCUUUGAAUAGAAAUGGGCUGCUUAAUGAAGUUAUGUGCUAUGCUAAGCUAGCAAGAUGCUAUGAGUAGGCUAUGUGAAGUGUUAGGAUACAAGUGCCACCAGUCAUCUCAGCUAAAUCCCAGAAAAAAUAAUAUUUUAAAUGUCUCACCUGAUGUUUUUAGUCAGUGAGAACCAGACAUCUUAAAUGUUAGGUCAUUGCAGGAGCUGCUAACCAUCUUAGCUAACAUCCUUGCUACAUUUAUCUAUAUCUUAUGCUCUAUCAGCAAUGUUUCUAUGUAGACCUCUCUCUCUCUGUCUACAAACAACCUGCCAUAUGAGAUUUUCUGACAUCAUUUUUUUUAAUUUUAACAGCUUACAGUAUGUCUCUCUUUUGGUCUGUAUGAUGCCAUUAGUAGCUGAGAGGACAUGGAGGUGCAGCUGAGCUACUGUGACUAGAAUUAUGUAGGACUGAUUUAAAUAGUUACCCACAUGAUGAUAAUGGUCCUCCCAUGUUGUCAGUGGCCUGUGAAUUCUGUUUGUAUUAGCCAUUAGUCGGGCUAAAGCUGGUUCUUCCUGACAUCAAACAGCCUGGUAGCCUAAAUGAGCUCAACAGCAGAGCAGGCAGCAGUACAAUCUGAAACUGCACUUAUUUUAGUAGAGUAGCACCACAGUGAAAACCUUUUUGCCUGUUUUUGAAAUAACACUGAAAAAUAUAGUUCUUUUUUAGUAGGCUGUAUUGGUGAAUGGUGAUCUUCAGGUGAUGAUGUUCUGCUUUCCUCAACAGUGGGUACUCAACAUUUUGUGUAUAGUUUCCUGAGACUCUUUUUAUAAUAGUAAUGCAGGUAGAUUCCAUUAGUGAACUUAAAAUGCCCUAAUCAUGUCAGAAAUUGUAAGUGCUGACGGUGUCAUUUAAAAGCCUAAUGAUGUCUACAUUUCAUUUUCUAUCCAAGCCAAUGCCAAGGAAGUCCAAGCAGAGAGGGCAGUUUGUGUCUGAUCUUUGCUUUAGUGCCUUUACCACAGUGCCUUAUCAAAAUGCACACAUAUAGAGAUAAUGUGUAUGAUAAUAUCUUUGUGUUUUGUUAAAGAUAAGCCAAAUACAUAGAUUACUAAAGAAAAUGAUCUGACCACAUCCACAAUAUUUUAUCAUAUGUGUUUUAAAUGUGCAACAGUUUGUAGGACUGAAGUUUAUCACAUCAAUUUAAACGUGAGGAAUCACUGGGGCAAAGAUGAAGGUCCAACUUAAAGGCUUUUAUUUUCAGGCUGUCAAAUGGUGUUCUAUUAUUAACAAAAAGAAAAAGGUAACAUAAUUGAUUAAUUGAUGGGUUUCAAAUGACAAAUAAUAUUCAAUAAUGUUAAAUAAUGUUCACCAUAAUCUAAUUUUACAUUUAACACAGGAUAAAACAAUCAAAUUUGAUACAAUAUAUCUCAUAAACCAAAUACCAUCAAAUAAUGCUUACUUUUGACGCACUUGACAGCCAGGGUAGGAACAGAUCUUGACAGCAGCUGAGCAAGGAGUCCUUUAUAGACCUCUGAUUAGGCCUCAGUGGCUGCACCUGUGGCUAAUUGUUGCAGGCUGCACACUUGUGCCUGCUGAUCCCAAGAGGAGCCAAACAGACAUGAAGGAUCUCAACCAUAUGUUAAAAAUACACAAUUGUUUUUAGAGCCCCGUUUUUUGGAUGGUUGAAUGUUUGAAUAAAGUGAGUUUUUGUAA